UUACUGUGUUGCACGCUGCUUGAGGUUAGUUUGGACUUUUCUGGCGAGAAGAAGAAGAAAGGAAGGAUAACCGAAAUGAUGGGGGCGUCUCUGCCUGUGCGCAGGCAGGUGCGCUCUGGCCGGCUGGCCGAUUGUUAGCCAUGCUGCGACCGCAAGAGCCCACAGUCAGCACCCUGCAUCUGGUGGCCAAUGAUAUGACCGAUAUCAUGGAGAACUUGGACACAAGAGAGCUGGACAUUGGCGAUGGGGAAGAUGAGUUUGACGGCCAGGACCCCAACAGCACAGAUUCCCGCAUCCCCUUCUCAGCUGUAUAUAAAACCAAAGGCUUCAAAGAGCCCGGUGCGCGUGUGUUUCUCACCGCGCUCCCCAUCACCGCCAAAAUCCUGGAGGUGGAGCGAUUCACGUCAGCGCAGGACCGCUUCAACAUCACGUCCCAGAGGAGCGUCUCGAAGGUGCUUCCAGCUGUUUUUAAGAUAGAAAUGAAGCACGGAAACUUCACCUGGAUGGUAAAGAGGAAGGAGAAGCAUUUUAUGGAGCUUCACAGGGAACUCAGAGCCUACAAAACCUUCCUCCGAAUCCCACUGCCCUCCCGCAGUCACACAGAGCGAAGGCAAACUAUAAACAGGAACCUCGAACGGCACAUGCCAAGUUUACCCCGAGGAGGAGGAGAAGAGCUAGCCAGAGAAGAGCAAGUCUCUAGUCGAAAAAGACAACUUGAAGACUACUUGAAUAAGCUGCUAAAAAUGCCAAUGUACAGAAACUACCACGCAACAAUGGAGUUCAUUGAUGUGAGCCAGCUGUCCUUCAUUCAUGAUUUGGGACCGAAAGGCUUGGAGGGCAUGGUCCACAAAAGGUCUGGCGGUCACCGUAUUCCUGGACUGAACUGCUGUGGCCACAGCAAAAUGUGCUACCGCUGGUCCAAACGGUGGAUGGUGGCAAAGGACUCUUGCCUGCUCCUCAUGAAGCCAGAUUCUGGUGCCAUCUCAUUCGUCCUGCUGGUGGAUAAAGAGUUUGACAUUAAAAUGGACACUAAAGACACUGAAACGAAGCAUGGUGUUCGCAUUGACAGUCUUUCAAGGACUCUGGUGUUGAAGUUUACGAGUUACCGUCAUGCCCGGUGGUGGGGACAAGCCGUUGAUGAUUUUGUGCGCAAAUAUGGCAGCAAUUUCCUUAAAGAUCACCGCUUUGGAUCCUUCGCCAAUGAACAGAAGAACAUCCUAUCUAAAUGGUAUGUGAAUGGAAAGCAGUACAUGGAGGAUGUGGCGAAUGCGCUUGAAGAGGCUGAGGAGGAGAUCUUCAUCACUGACUGGUGGCUGAGUCCUGAAAUCUUCCUCAAGAGGCCCGUUGUAGAAGGCAAUCGCUGGAGACUCGACUCCAUCCUCAAACGCCAAGCGCAAAAAGGGGUGAGGAUCUUCGUGAUGUUGUAUAAGGAGGUGGAACUGGCUCUUGGCAUAAACAGCGAAUACAGCAAGCGAACACUACUUCAGCUUCACCCCAACAUUAAGGUAAUGAGGCAUCCAGAUCACGUGUCAUCUUCUGUGUACCUGUGGGCUCACCAUGAGAAGAUUGUGGUCAUUGAUCAGUCGGUGGCAUUUGUGGGAGGCAUUGAUUUGGCCUAUGGGCGCUGGGAUGAUAGAGAGCAUCGCUUGACUGAUAUAGGAAGUGUCACCAGGACUCUUCCUGUGUCUGCAGAGAAUGCCUCUGAAGCCUUUUCUGCUAUGGCUGCUCCAUCAAACGGGCCCAGUGCGGCACUCGCUAAUGGCAGAAAUGUGCCUGCAGACACCGCAGACCAACCAAAACUAAAAGGACAUGGGAAGGCCAAGAAAACCCGCUUCAGCAUCCGCAGGCAUCUGCAGAAACACAGGCUGGCUUCUGGAGACAGCGUGAGCAGUGUGGAGAGCUCUGAAGAAAAGUCUGAAGCAACACAGGAUUUGCAUGCAGAUGUGAUUGGCCUGAUGGGAAACACGCGGUUCUGGCAUGGCAAAGAUUACUGCAACUUUGUGCAUAAGGACUGGAUCCAGCUGGAUAAACCUUUUGAUGAUUUUAUUGAUCGGCACAUAACUCCCAGAAUGCCUUGGCAUGACAUUGCUUCUGUGGUUCAUGGGCGAGCAGCCAGAGAUGUUGCGCGCCACUUCAUUCAGCGCUGGAAUUUCACAAAGAUAAUGAAGCCCAAAUACAGGUCUCUGUCGUACCCGUACCUCCUUCCUAAAUCUCACACUACUGCGAAUGAUAUCAAGUAUCAUGUCCCUGGCUGCACACAGACCAAUGUCCAGGUUUUGCGAUCUGCCUCAGAUUGGUCAGCGGGUAUAAAAUACCACGAGGAGUCGAUUCACACUGCUUAUGUCAAUGCAGUUGAACACAGCCAACACUAUAUCUACAUAGAGAAUCAGUUCUUCAUAAGCUGCGCAGACGGCAAAGUCGUUCACAAUAGAAUCGGAGAUGCCAUUGCCAAGAGGAUCAUAAAAGCAUACCGAGAUGGUAAAAAGUACCGUGUGUAUGUGGUGACGCCGCUGCUGCCUGGGUUUGAGGGUGAUAUUAACACUGGAGGAGGCAGCGCCAUACAGGCUGUCAUGCACUUCAAUUACAGGACCAUGAUCCGAGGAGACUGCUCCAUAAUCUCACAGCUGAAGAAAGAGAUGGGUGAUCAGUGGAUAAAUUACAUCUCGUUUGGGGGUCUGCGGACCCACGCUGAGCUGGAGGGAAGACUGGUGACUGAACUCAUAUAUGUGCACAGCAAGAUGCUCAUUGCAGACGACAACACCGUCAUCAUCGGUUCUGCCAAUAUUAAUGACCGGAGCAUGCUGGGUAAGAGAGACAGCGAGGUGGCUGUCAUUUAUGAGGAUAUUCACACUGUGAAGUCAGUCAUGGAUGGUCAGGAGUAUCAGGCUGGUCCUUUUGGAUUGAGUUUGCGGCUGGAGUGUUUCAGGAUGAUUCUAGGCGCCAACACUGACCCCAGCAUUGAUGUGUCGGACCCCAUCAGUGACCAGUUUUACAAGGAGGUGUGGAUGAGCACUGCUGCCCGCAACGCCACCAUCUACCAGAGGGUAUUCCGCUGUCUGCCAUCCAGCGAUGUUCGGACUAUCCUAGAGUUAGAUAGCUUCCUCUCAAAGCCUGGUUUGGACAAGGAGGACCCUGCCCGCGCUCAAGAGGAACUCAAGAAGAUCCGAGGCUUCCUGGUCCAGUUCCCUCUCCAGUUCCUCAGCGAGCAGAACCUCCUGCCACCCAUCGGAUCAAAAGAAGCCAUGGUGCCCAUGGAGGUGUGGGUGUGAGAGAACCAGCCCACAUCACCAGGCUUCAAACAAACUGCAAAUGCACCAAGAAAUACUUUCUUGUUAUUUAUAACAAACAUCUUGACACAGAAGAGGAGAUACUUCAGCCAUCAGUUGUUUACCCACCUGGAAUUGGUGACAGCAGACUGGUUUGUUUUGUCCCUGUUCUACCCUUGAUUGUUGGUAUGUUCUAACACUAUGCAACUUCAACUAAAAUUAUGUUUAUGAACUAUCCUCAUAUGUCCUUCAAAAUGGUGAUGCUUUUGUGACUCUUUGGUCCCUUGAUUGGCUGCUUUAGGAAAAGGAUCUUCUACAUUGAUUUCUUUUUCGUUAUUAUUGGACGGUUUUGUGCACUGAAUAUGUAUUAUUCUCUGUGUUUAAGUGCCAAUUUUGUCUGCGUAACAUUUAUCUUUCCUCUCUGUGAAGUACAAACAUUCCUCCUGUGCAUUAUCUUAAGCUAAUUUAUGGGUCUGUGAUGGUGGACGACGUGGUCCAUUAAUUGUUGUUAUCUUAUGAUACAAAUUGCCAUGUUUUCGGUGGCCUUAUUUGUUUACUGUGCACUUAAUGCUGGGUAUGAACAGAAAUCCACCAAAGCAUUUGUCUGUUAUUAACAAAUUAGGUUUUAUUAUAUGAGAAUACAAAAUAGUAUUCUGAUUUAUUUCGAUUAUUUGUCUAUAUUGUACAGUAUACUGUAGAAACACGCUAUGCCUGGAGCUCUAAUUAAGUUUACUAAUCGUUCUUGAAGAAAAGAACCUGUCGAUCAUCACACAUUCCAUGUAGAUAUGCUGAAUGAGCUAACAAACUGUUGGGGAUUGUACAUGUCAUGAUUGCAGCAUGUGUGUCUGGCAUUAUGAAUAUGCAACUAGUCGUUUUUAAACAGUUGUGAGCCAAGCCUUCAAACGUCUGCACUGUUGACUGUGUGUCUGCACUUUUACAGUAGUUCCAGAACAGGUCUUCUCCGAUGUUCUUUCGCCUCGUGUCUUUGUACCCAGUUCCUCAUUAAUUGCAGUUUUUGCACAAAGUGUGUAUCGUCAAAAACACAUGUGAGCUGUGUUGGGAUGCUUGUGAAAUAUGUGAAUCGAUGUUAUACGGAUGAUUAAACCAUGAUUUUCACACUAUUGAA